AUGGCACCCGAAAUCGAUCUAACUUGGUCCUUCCCCCGACUCGCAAAUUUCGAGCACAUCUUCGAGCUAAAACCAAACGGUCUUAUCCCGACCCACCCACGGCUCCUAGAGGAAUGCCUGACCACAUUCAACUCCCACAAUCAUAUCUUCGGUCUUGCGGAUGUCUAUUUCGCGAUACAUCUCAUUGAAUACGCGGGUGGUGAUGACUGGGGAUUCACUCUUGAAUCCGACUACGCUCGCAAUAUUUACAUUGCCAUGGAAAUAUGCACCAUGGUUCAGGAGAUUGACAUUGAGUCGCUUUCAAGUGGCAAGAUCGCACACAAUCUCAAAAAAAAGGUAUAUUUUCGCUCUAGUGAUAGAGAGGAGUUUAGAGAGUGCAUUCUGGAGGCAUGUGUGCCAUGGAGAGAUGCUCGAGGCUCUGUUGUGGAAUGGGGGAUCGAGUUUCGGUUUCCUGAUCCGCCUGUGGAGCGCAGGAGAGGAGACUUGAGAGUCCUUUCUGAAUACUUCGCUAUGAGUAAUCCAAAGCUAUUUGAGAUGGUUUAA